AUGGUUGACUUGGUGCACCCUAUUUAUACCCUCUGGCCGUUCAUGAGAUGCUUCAUUUCCCAGUGCCCGGCUUGUUCAUCAAAACCCUCUCUCUCUCUCUCUCGACCUGGCAACAGAUACCUAGGUAGAAGAUGAGCUCGAUCAGCAUGAUGGAGGCAAGAAUGCCUCCGGGGUUCAGGUUCCACCCGAGGGACGACGAGCUCGUGCUCGACUACCUCCUCCACAGACUCUCUGGCCGUGUCCACGGCGGCGCUGCCAUCGUCGACGUCGACCUCAACAAGUGCGAGCCAUGGGACCUUCCAGAGGCGGCCUGCGUGGGAGGAAAGGAGUGGUACUUCUUCAACCAGCGCGACCGCAAGUACGCGACGGGGCAGCGCACCAACCGCGCCACCGUCUCCGGCUACUGGAAGGCCACCGGCAAGGACCGCGCCGUCGUCGCCGGCGCCGGUGGGGAAGCCGCGGCUCUGGUGGGGAUGCGCAAGACGCUCGUUUUCUACCGGGGCCGCGCCCCCAAGGGGAGGAAGACGGAGUGGGUCAUGCACGAGUUCCGCCUGGAGCCACCGGCGGCGCCGCCGCCACCGCCGUUGGUAGGACGCGACCUCCCUGCCCCGGCGAGGUACCAACGGCUCAAGGAGGACUGGGUGCUAUGCAGGGUGUUCUACAAGAGCAGAACAACCACCCCAAAGCUACCACCUGAAGAUGCCCAGGACCUGACGGCUGACCUGCCGCUUGCACCCCUCGCUGACACCUACACCGCCUUCGGUGCUGCCCCAACGGUCGCUGAGCAGGUGUCCUGCUUCUCCGGCCUGCCGGCGCUGCCGUUCAAGAGACCGGUGAGCCUUAGUGACCUGCUGGCCUUUGACACCUCUGAGAAGGUAUCCAUCGGGACAGUGAUGCUGAGCAGCAUGUCAGGCAACAGCAGCAGUUCAGGACUGGAGCUGCCUCCAAACUGCAAUUGGAACCAGGAAAAUGUCCUGUCACAGAUGUGGAACCCCCUUGGAAUAUGACAUCUGUGGUGUUGGUGGAUAGUGGUGUAUGAAGUGUUAGCGAUGAUUAGUAUUGAGUGGUUGGUAGAGUUUCUGCUGCAUAAAUUUGAUUAAGUAGUGUGACAUACAGAGUAGAUUAUUCAUUAUUGGGCUAAUGGCUGGGUGUAGUAUUUGUACAUUGGAUUAUUGCUAAUGAAGGAAGCUUGGCCUUAUCUCUUGCUCCUAUUUCUCUA